AUGGCCUGCCAUGCAUUUGAGGAAACUUUAACGGACGAGGCCUUACGUUGGUUCCUCAACUUGCCCACCAACUCCAUUGAUAGCUUCCAGGAACUCAGGGACAAGUUCCUCCGGUGGUUCAUCUUAUGCGGCAGUAGUUAUUGCACAACGCCCCACCUGUUCCCACUCAAACAGAGGCCUAAUGAGGGCUUGAGAGACCUUGUUCGAAGGUGGCAGAAGCAGGCUACGCAAUGUCGCUCUCUCGACCCUGCCCUAGCGGCCAAGUACGAUACUUUCGGUCACGACACGGGUGCUAAUACAAAUCUUGUUAAUGUACCCCAACUUAAUAACCCCAACGAGAGCACCGACAAUAGGUGCAGGGAUGCCAACAGGGACAAACCCUCUCAACAAGAUGAAAGAGCACCAAGGGAGAGGCCCGUUUAUAGCGAUAAGAGAGACAAGCAAUAUAGCAAAAGCCUCGAGAAAGCCAAGCACAAUUUGUCAAGCAGCCGAUACCGCAACGCACCAUAUAGCAGCAACCGAUACAAGAAAACUCCAAAGUAUGAUGCACCCAGAUACGAGAUAUAUACCACACUCACCACCUCUUAUGAAGACAUGUGGAACAACCACAAAGAUAUCAUCCCAUGCCCACCAAAGUGUAGACCCGGACAAGAGAAGCCGCAAGACAACAGUAAGUACUACAUCUACCAUGAGGAAGCCGGCCAUCCCACCAACAUCUGUUGGGAGCUAAAGAAUGCCAUCAAACACCUCAUCCAAAAUGGUAAGCUCCUACAGUAUCACACUCCUGCAACGGGAUCCAAUGACAUCGAGGUCUAUGGACAUAUAUUAACCAUACAUGAUGGCGCCCUCAGCGCCGAGACUCUUCACCUACCAAAGCGUCAAUGCCCCCGGGGGCAAGAAAUACUGGGACUUAGUCAUGGAUGCCACACUCCACAAGUGGAUUGGGACUAG